AUGGGAAAUUCUACAACGACAUACCCGACCAUCACUGUCACUCAGCAAGAAGAGCUGGUGAAUACUUACUUAACUGACGUUACCGAAUAUAAUGAGGAAUAUGAAACAGAUGAAACCUUAGACACAGUUCAUAUAUUUUCUACAGUAAUCUAUUCUGUGGCCUUUCUGCUGGGGACAAUCGGGAAUGGGUUGGUCAUCUUUUUCACCACCUUUAAGAUGAAAAGGACAGUCAACAUCGUGUGGUUCCUUAAUUUAGCCAGCGCUGACUUUAUCUUCACGUUUUGCCUGCCGUUAAGCAUCGCCUACACCGCCCUUAAUUUUCACUGGCCUUUUGGAAAAUUCAUGUGCAAGCUGAACAGCACCAUCCUAUUCAUCAAUCUGUACGCCAGCGUCUUCCUCCUCACCGCGAUCAGCAUCGAUCGCUGUACAUCAGUAAUGUUCCCUGUGUGGUGCCAGAAUCACCGGACUACGAGAGGGGCCUCCCUAGUAGCCCUGGUAGUGUGGAUCGUAGCCUUCAUUUUCAGUGUACCUCAUUUCAUAAUCCGAGAUACAAACCUUGGUGAAGAUUUUGUUUCUUGCUAUAAUAACUUUCAUGAGGAUGAAAAUGUUGCUGCUUCAAUACACAAGAGCAUGGUCAUACUAAGAACCAUCUUCACUUUCAUCAUUCCGUUCAGUCUAAUUGUCUUAUGUUAUGGUAUUAUUGUAUUUCGUAUCCGAAAAAAUCGCAUGAACACAACUGGCAAGCCAUUUAAAAUUAUUUUAGCCGUAAUUGUUUUGUUUUUUAUCUGCUGGUUCCCCUACCAUCUUUUCUCCUUGCUGGAUUUGUCCGCAGGGCAUGAUGAUAAUGAUCAUCUGCGUGGUGUAAUAGACGCUGCAAUGCCUUUUGUCACCAGUUUGGCUUUCAUUAACAGCUGCAUUAAUCCUGUUCUCUACGUAUUUAUGGGGCGAGAUUUCAAAACAAAAUUCUUCAGAUCUCUCCACUCAGCGCUUGAAAAGGCUUUCAUGGAGGAAACCGUUCAAACGAGCUUCAGGAGCAAGACCAAGUCAAUCUCUGAAUCUCAGCAGUUGUAA